AUGGGCGCUGCUGGGGCUCUCAAAGCUGCUGAUGCCGAUCUUGUAGUCGCAGGGAGGCAUAUGGCGGGCGAAAUGAGGAGGUUGAAGGAGUCGGCGAGUAAAAUCGCGACUAGUCCCGAUCUUAUGGCCGAGGCUCAGCGGUAUUCAGCGGCUGCCUCGCAAAUGCGGUCCGACCUUGCCAGUGAUGGGGUCCUCCCGGGUGUGAUGGGGGGACAGCAAAGGGCUCCAUCAUCAUCACCAACACGGCAGGCAACUACUCCAGGCGGUGCAGUCGGUCAAGCUCAUGAUGGGGGUGUAGAGGGACUAAGCAAUGCAAGGGGUACGUCUAGUAAGAAGCAGGAGGCUGUUGAUGGUGUAAGCCCAGCAGGAGAUAGUGCUGCGGCGAAGGAGAAGAGGCCAUCAGACGGCAGCAAAGUGAGGUUUAGUACGGAUCAAGGAGCUGUUAAAUUCAAGCCCCCUUCGGGAUGCAAUCCUGGUGACUUGAUGGAGUAUGAGCCCAUGACUCGUAAGAUUAGACUAGUGCCGGUAGCGGCACCUCCGCCUCCUUCUGUCACUGCUUCUGUCGGGGAGUCUACUGAGGAGUACUGCUCACACAUGGCCCAUAUGCUGUUGUACACUCUUUCCAUGUCUCAUAUUCAUGCUCUUGUUGCUACUACUAAGGAGCCGCAUAGAGGGGAUUAG